AUGCGGCUUUUCCCUUUGGCCGCCGCUUGCGUAUCGGCCACGACGCGCUUGGUCUACGACACCUACGAACCAGGCUACGGCCCAGACGGGCCAUGGAACGAGAUAGCUGUCUUUAUCAAUCAGCGUCUGGAGUCAACAAAUUCCGCAGGACCAGUGGUCGCGGUGCGCAUGUGGCCCACGGGAGGCUCACCGGUUGAGCUACUUUCAAAAGAUGUCUCGGGUGUCUACAGUGGAGAGGCAUCCAAAACUGCCGUCAAAUACGAUGGGGGUUUUCAGUACAGCCUUUUGAACCCAUGGCCAACAGGAUAUACCGGGAAGAAAAUGUGGUUCGACACGGUGAAGUUCCAACUUGAGGCAGACUCCAGCGGCCCGAAUUUCAUGGACAUCAAUACCACUAUUCAAGAGGUUUCGGAGCUGGAGGAAACCUACACCGAUCUUUUGUCCGUCGGCGAAUAUAUGCCGAUCCCGGUUGGCAUCCUCGGUCUCGGACAGAAGAUCAACUUUGACAGUGAAGCGGAGAGGAAGAAGCUCGGGUUUCCGCUGUGGAUCAUCGACCAGUUUGUUGAGAGCAAUACGAUUACAGCAAACUCGUGGUUCCUGCACCUGGGCGACAACAGGGCCGAGCAAACCUGCUCGUUUUCUCUUGGAGGCUACGAAAAGAAUCGCGUACUGGGACGAGUGGGUACCUUCGACCUUGAUUCAUUAUUCGGCAUGCCCAAGGCAUUUCUCAUCGACGUUGCGGUCGGUGUCGAGUACGGAGGCUCUCCCUUCCUGUCCGAUCGAACUCUGGGAAGUGUCUGGGACGCAGACAACAUCACAAUCAGCGACAAGGAGCUCGUGAAGCAGUACGGCGGUCCUUCGGACUCGCUCAUGGUUCUCCCGGACGCAGCAUUUCCGUACAUCUGCUUGCCACGCCGCGUGUGCGAUGCUGCGGCCCAAUACCUCCCCGUCUAUUACGACGCCGCCCUGGGCUUAUAUGUAUGGAACACCGCCGACGAGCUCGACCAAGUCAAUCGAAUCAUCAACGCGCCAGCGUACAUGAGCUUUACCUUCUCCGACAUGUCCGCUGAAAACAUAACGAUCAAAGUACCCUUCGCAUCGCUGUUCCUCGAAGUCACGCCGCAGAGAAAUGGUUCGGCAGAAGACGCGAGGUACUGGCCCUCCUUUCUACAGGCUGCUUUCACUGGAUACAACUACGACAGAAAACGGUUUUACAUGGGACAGGCGCCUGGACCAGACGCCGGGCAGAGAGUGCUUGUGGAUGACGAUGCCGACAACAUCAGCUCGAACCCCGCCGAUUCAUUUGCAGCCUCAUGGCAGCGACUAUGGACGGCGAUCGAGUCGAACAACAGCACUAACGCGACUUCGGAUGACGAGGAGGCUAACGGUAGCAAAAGCGCUGGGGAUGGGACGACCGCCGGGCGCACAGCUGGGAUCGUCGUCGGGGCCGUUGCCGGGAUCUGCGGGGCAAUCGGCGGAGGGUGGUGGUAUUUCGGACGCCGUCGCCGACAAGAAAAUGGACGGAACGCCGCUAUUCAUUCCGGAGACGAGUAUCAUGCGAUCGGAGGCAAACCGGAGCUGGAUGGAGAAGGCAUCCCGAUAGCUGAGCUACAUCCUGAAACAGCGAAACGAGAGUCACAGGUGCUGGCGGAGCUGCACUCACCAUCACAUCGGAACGAGCUUGAGGUAGAGAGCAUGGUGUACGAGAUGCCCGCUGGCGAUGUCUCGCCGAGCCCUAGAGAGCAGCCAGCAAGUCAUGAGAAAGGGGAUCAGUCACCUCAGAAGCCAUGA